AUGGAUGACAACACACCUGACUCACUCACUCCACAUAGUUCAAAUUCACCAGGUCUUGUUCUCAUUUCCAAGCCUCUUGAAGGACACAAUUAUGGUCAAUGGAGCCGCUCAAUGCGUAUUGCCUUGAGUGACAAAAACAAGCUGGGAUUCAUUGAUGGAACCAUCACACCUCUAGCAAGCAUCGAUACCAAAUUUGCUGUUUGGCAGAGAUGCAACGACAUGGUGUUGUCAUGGAUUUUACAGUCACUAAAUCCUGAUAUUGCAAGCAGUGUGUUUUACUGCACUAGUGCAUCUAUGGUAUGGAAUGACCUCAAGGAUCGAUUCUCACAAAGCAAUGACUCUAGGAUUUUCCAAAUCCGCCAAGAAAUUGCUGAGCAUCAAUAA